CGGUAGUGUUGCAAAACAGACGGAGGUGUGUGGAGUGAAAGGACACUUCACAGAGACGCUGAGGAGACUCUAAACUCUCAACACGAUGCUGCUGUCUGAAGUUCUCCAGGUGUUGAGGGGGGCUGGCAAGGUGGGUGCUGCGUUUACCAGCACUCAGGGUGAGCAGCUCCGGCUGAUGGCCUGCAACUCCACGUUUGGCGCCGGAGUGAAAGCUGCAGCAGAAGCAGUCGAGGGUGUAAUGGGAACCGUCAUAGGAGGAGGAAACGUGACUUCCAAGACCGACGAGUUUCCUGACAUUGAAAAGUGGGAGGAGAUGGACCUGGAUGAAGCUACAAAGUGGUCAGUGGCCUCUGAAAUGCCACCAGACUUUUCCAGUAAAGAUGCAAGGGGUGAAACAUCAGAUACGCCUGUUGGUGCGGCUACUGGCACCAUUAAAGGAGCUGGCUGGCCUGCUCAAAACACUCGCUUCUUGCAUGUUUCAGCAUCUCAACACCAUAUUAGGUUUGUCCAUGACUCUAUAGUGGCCAGGUUGAGCCCUGAAGACAUUCAAAGGGCAAGGGAGGCAAAACAGAAUAUUGCCAGGCCUGUCCGACAAAAGCUUAACGAACGAGCCAAGGAACGGAAGGUACCUGCUACACGCAUUAGUCGACUUGCCAAUUUUGGGGGACUAGCUGUUGGACUUGGCAUUGGAGCCAUUGCUGAAGUGGCGAAACAGUCUUUUGGAGGAAAACGCUCUGAUAAGAUGGGGGCUCUAUUAGACUCUCCACUCCUGUCCGAGGCCAAUGCAGAGAGAAUAGUGAACACGCUGUGUAAGGUUAGAGGAGCGGCACUCAAGAUUGGACAAAUGCUGAGCAUUCAAGACAAUAGCUUCAUUAACCCUCAACCAGAAAUAUUUGAGAGGGUUCGACAGAGCGCAGACUUCAUGCCAGCCUGGCAAAUGCAUAAAGUGCUUGAGGAGGAGUUAGGCUCUGGAUGGAGUGAAAAACUAUCAUCAUUUGAGGAAAAGCCCUUUGCUGCUGCCUCCAUUGGACAAGUUCAUCAUGGAGUUUUAACUGAUGGGAGGGAAAUCGCUAUGAAGAUACAGUACCCUGGUGUUGCUGAAAGCAUUCAUAGUGACAUCAACAAUCUGAUGUCUGUUCUGAAGAUGAGCGUUGUUCUGCCUGAUGGUCUGUUUGCUGACAGUAGUCUUGAAGUUCUUCAGAGAGAGUUGGCAUGGGAAUGUGACUAUAAGAGAGAGGCGGAGUGUGCAAAGCGAUUCAGGAAUUUGCUGGAAAGUGAUCCUGUGUUCGUGGUGCCUGAGGUGUUUGAUGAGCUGUCGGCUCGUCGUGUGAUCACCAUGGAACUAGUUAAUGGAGUUCCUCUGGAUCGCUGUGUUGAUCUGGAUCAGGAGACUAGAAAUGAGAUCUGUUUUAACAUCUUGCAGUUGUGUUUGAGAGAGCUGUUUGAGUUCCGCUUCAUGCAGACGGACCCCAACUGGUCCAACUUUUUCUAUAAUAGCGAGCAGAAGAAGAUAUUCUUGUUGGAUUUUGGAGCCUGCCGGGAUUACCCAGAGUCAUUCACAGACCAUUACAUAGAGGUGGUUCAUGCUGCGUCAGUCGGAGACAGAGCUACAGUUCUGCAGAAAUCUAAAGACCUGAAGUUCCUCACUGGCUUUGAAGCCAAGGCGUUUGAGGAUGCACACGUGGAGGCGGUUAUGAUCCUGGGUGAAGCGUUCGCAUCUGCCGAAGCGUUUGACUUCGGCACUCAGAGCACCACGCAACGCAUCCAGAGCCUGAUCCCAGUCAUGCUCCGCCACCGCCUCACUCCUCCUCCAGAGGAGUCCUACUCAAUGCACCGCAAAAUGGCCGGCUCCUUCCUCAUCUGCUCCAAGCUGAAGGCCCGCAUCUCCUGCCGAAACAUGUUCCUCGAUGUUUAUAACGCAUACAAGAGUCAGCAACAGGAGAGAUGUGGUCAGGUUUAGAGUUGUUUUCUUGUGGACGUUAAUUAACUGAACAGACUUCACUGCACUACAUGGACAGUAUUUUCUUUUGUGUGUGAUGGCAGUGGUUUAUUUGUGUCAAACAAUGAAGAUGUGUAUACAUAU